AUGGCACUGUCAUAUCAAAAACUAUUGGCAAGACACUUGCCCGCCACGCCUGGAUUUCAUGAUCCCAGUAAACAAUACUUGUUCAAAAAUGAAGAUAACGAGUUCCUUGUCGACUGGGAUACUCUUGGCACCUGGCCUCAGCUUCUCAAGGCAUGCCAAGAUGACAACAUCUAUCUUUUCAAGUUCAUGGAUACGCGUCAGGCCUGCUGCUGUAUUCGAAUCAUCAAAAGCAAGUCCGCCCACUUUGACAGUGACGAGUACCUACAGCCCAUUCUCGGUCCAAAUGGCUGCGUAGAAGACAAAGACAGUGAUAGACUUCUUUAUCACUUGAAGAUCUACGAAUUCGCCACUUUCUACAAGAUCAAGUCUCUGCAAAGUCUUUCAUUUCACUAUUUGAAACUGGCUGGUGACCAACUCGGCUUUGUUUAUCUUGCGGGAAUCUUGUCGAAGCAGAAUUUCCAAUUCAACGGCAAGGACUCCUUGUUUAUUUCGUACAUGCGAGAGAGGGCCAAAAUGCAUGGCGAGAUUCUCAGCCGUCGGGACCGGCUCAACGUUGGCGAGGAUUGGAAGUUCAGCAAGACCCUGGAAAACUUCCUUCUGGGUACUAUCGUCGACAUGAAGAUGGAAAUCCAGCAGCUUAAGGCUGCCGCCGCCAACAAUAACGACGAUGGACCGUAG